AAUUUUUUUUCAUUUUUGUCUUCACAGAGCGAAGCGCUAAGCAAAGCGGUCACCACCAGCACAGAAAUGCUCCAGAGAGCUAGAUCUGAAAUCACAGAAGUCAAGCGCAAACUUCAGAGUCUGGAAAUCAAGAUUCAGUCACAGCUUAGCAUGAAAGCAUCUCUCGAACGCACUCUGGCUGAGACACAGAACUGCUACGCACAAAUGCUCACUGGAUAUCAGGUUCAGGUGACGAGUCUGGAGGAGCAGCUGCAGCAGCUUCACGCUGAUCUCGCUCACCAAGCUGUGGAGUUUCAGAUGCUGCUGGACAUCAAGACCAGACUGGAGCUGGAGAUCACUGAGUACAGGAGACUGCUGGAUGGAGAAGUGACCACAAGCACCACGAGCACCUCUACCUCCACCACUCAGAAGGUUGUGAUCGUCACAGAGGAAGUGGUGGAUGGUAAAGUGGUCAGCUCCUCCUGGACUCCUGAGAGCAAAACUUUCACCAAUUAAACAUCAUGAGUCUCCAUGCACUGAUGAGAUGACUUCAAGCCCUGUGACAUGUUUCCUCAAUGCUUACAGAGAAAAUAAUGUCGAGUCAAAGCACUUCACAUGUCUGGUGUUGAUUUUGGAUUCCUUAAAAUAGUUCCAUCAAUAGUUAGCUUAAAAGUUGACAGAAAAAUUUAACAAUAUGUAUAUUUAUUUUUUUU